GAAAUGCAUCAAAAUUUCGAUAAUACCCAAGCUCAGGCCUCAACUACCACCGCGACGUCUCUACCAGACACACCCUCUCCCUUGUUUCCCCUACCCCGCGUGACCGUGUCUCUCUCUGUCUCUCUCUCCCACCGAAACCCUCAAAAACAUAAGUGGCAUUGGGCUGUCAUUUCCUUAUAAAACCCUUGCCUUGUCCUUCAAAGCCUCCUCAGGUACCUUUGAGAUCUCUAUCUCUCUGUUACUCAUUCUGUGGUAUAGAGGGAAGGAAUUUUUAAGGGAUACCCAAUUAAACAAUAAUGGCUCUCACAGGCUCUACUUCCGUGGUCUCCGCCAAAUCUUUGAUUCAGGGUCAGUCUCUGUUAUCUUCUUCUAAAUCUCACCAACCAUCUUUCUCUACCAACCCCAUCAAUAAGCCCAAGUCUCUCGGCCCCAUCGUCGCGGUCCACGCCGCCGAACCUGCUAAGAACCCUGUUGUCUCUGAUAAGCCCACGAAGCAGCAGAGUCCGACGGUGUCUUCUUCUUCUUCUUCUUCGACGACGACGACUACGUCGACCAACAAUGCGGUUUCUGGUAAAUGGACCUUGGACAGCUGGAAAACAAAGAAGGCGCUGCAGUUGCCUGAAUAUCCUGAUAAGGAAGACCUUGAGACGGUUCUGAAGACGCUCGAAGCUUUCCCUCCUAUAGUUUUCGCCGGAGAGGCCAGGAACUUGGAGGAGCGUUUGGGAGAAGCCGCCUUGGGAAACGCUUUUCUUCUUCAGGGGGGAGACUGCGCUGAGAGUUUCAAGGAGUUCAAUGCCAAUAACAUUCGUGACACUUUCAGGAUUCUCCUUCAGAUGGGUGCUGUUUUGAUGUUUGGAGGUCAAAUGCCCGUCAUUAAGGUGGGAAGAAUGGCCGGUCAAUUUGCGAAGCCGAGAUCGGAUCCUUUUGAGGAGAAGGAUGGUGUGAAGCUUCCCAGUUACAGAGGUGACAACGUAAACGGAGAUGCCUUCGAUGCGAAAUCGAGGAUUCCAGACCCUCAAAGGUUGAUUAGAGCCUACUGUCAAUCUGCGGCUACUCUGAACCUUCUGAGAGCUUUCGCCACUGGAGGAUAUGCGGCUAUGCAGAGGGUCACCCAGUGGAAUCUGGAUUUCACCGAGCACAGCGAGCAGGGAGAUAGGUACCGGGAACUAGCUCACCGGGUUGAUGAGGCUCUUGGAUUCAUGGCUGCAGCUGGGCUCACCGUAGACCAUCCAAUCAUGACAACUACUGAAUUUUGGACCUCUCAUGAGUGCUUGCUCUUGCCAUAUGAGCAAUCGCUUACGAGAUUGGAUUCAACUUCUGGCCUUUACUAUGAUUGCUCUGCUCACAUGCUUUGGGUAGGUGAACGUACCAGGCAACUAGAUGGUGCCCAUGUUGAGUUUCUGAGAGGAGUUGCUAAUCCCUUGGGUAUUAAGGUGAGUGAUAAGAUGAAUCCCAAUGACCUAGUCAAGCUCAUUGAGAUUUUGAAUCCUCAGAACAAACCAGGGAGGAUAACAGUCAUCGCAAGAAUGGGAGCAGAGAACAUGAGAGUGAAGCUUCCCCAUCUUAUUAGGGCAGUUCGCAGAGCUGGGCAAAUUGUCACAUGGGUUAGUGAUCCUAUGCAUGGGAAUACCAUCAAGGCUCCCUGUGGUCUCAAAACACGCCCCUUCGAUGCCAUCAGGGCUGAGGUGAGAGCAUUCUUUGACGUGCAUGAGCAAGAAGGAAGUCAUCCUGGAGGAGUUCAUCUGGAGAUGACAGGCCAGAAUGUGACCGAAUGCAUUGGAGGAUCUCGCACUGUGACAUUUGAUGACUUGAGCUCCCGCUACCACACUCACUGUGAUCCUAGGCUUAAUGCAUCUCAGUCUCUUGAGCUUGCCUUUAUCAUUGCUGAGCGCCUUAGAAAACGAAGGAUCAGUUCACAGCAACUCUUGUCGCUUUAGGGCUGUAGAUUGGCUUUUAAGACUGCUGAAAUGGUCUUUCGUGUUUUUAUUUUUUCUUUCUUUUUUAUUUCUCCCCAAAAUUAUUAGUUGCUGUAUUAAUAUAUAAUUUACUGGAUUUUUAGAGUAAAUUUAUGAUGUGUGCUGUAUGUAUACUGGAAGUAAUGGUUUGAGACUUUUCAUCCCAAAAAGGAAUAAAGGGAAGCAUUUAUAAUGGCAA